AUGAGUUCUUACAAUACAUUCAGUCAGUCCUCUUCUAGUUAUGUAGAUCUUCUCAACAGUCAAGGCGAUACUCUUAACCUAGAUGGUGCUUACGAAGUACCUCCUUACUCGUCUCAAGAAUCUCAUCAGGAUGUACCUCUUUCUCAAGAGACACAUGUCAGGAAGGAUAGGAAGAAAUGGAAUCCGGCUGAUGAUGAAGCUCUUAGCAGUGCGUGGCUGAACACUUCAAAGGACCCUAUUAUUGGAAAUCAACAAAAGGGAGGAAGCUUUUGGCAAAGAGUUAACAAAUACUAUGCAGACACUCCUCAUGCUAUAGGCAAUGGUGAACAGGGGAUGAACAUAAACUGUAAGCAGAGGUGGUUUAGGGUCAAUGAGUGCACUAACAAGUUCUGCGGUGCUUACGCAGCUGCGGAAAGACUAAACAGUAAUGGACACUCUGAGAAUGAUGUGCUGAAGAUGGCCCACGACAUCUAUUUCGCUGAACAUAACACGAAGUUUACAAUGGAGCAUUGCUGGUGUUUGUUAAGGUUUGAGCAGAAAUGGCUGAACCUUAACACUAUUAACAACCCUUCAACAAACGUCAGAACAAAGAGGAAACCAGUUGCUGCAGCUUCACAAUCUGAGGCAGCUUCACAAUCCGAGGCAGCUUCACAAUCCGAGUCAGCUUCAUAG